AUUGCAUACUAAAAUAACAAGAUCCUGUAAUGUUAUAAUUUAAAGUACGAUAAAAAUAGACGAUAUUAUCAUUAUUUACAUCUACGCGCGUUCACGUACCUAAGAUCCGCGUUCACUUGUCGCCCAUUAAACUGUCACCACUUGACUGAAGAACUUCAAGAACACUGUGUCGGUUUAACAUCCACUUAAACACGGAUAUAAUACCCUGACAACUCAAAGAUGUGGAAGUCAGUCGUGGGCCACAAUGUGAACGUGAAGGUGUCCACAGAGGGGGAAGACUGGGAGACAGACCCUGACUUUGAGAAUGAUAUAUCCGAGCAGGAGCAGAGGUGGGGAGCAAAGAGUGUGGAGGGUUCAGGACGGCAGGAGCACAUCAGUAUUGCAGAUCUCAGAAACACAGUGGCUGCGGAGCACGAGCAGGGGAAGAAGAAGGAGCACACUCCCAAAGCCUCGUACGGAUAUGGAGGGAAGUUUGGAGUCGAAAAGGACCGAAUGGACAAGGCGGCGUUGGGGAAUGACUAUGUAGCACAAGUGGAGCAGCACUCCUCUCAGAAAGAUGGGGCACAAGGUUUCGGUGGGAAAUACGGUGUUCAGAAAGAUCGAGUCGACAAGUCGGCCAUGGGCUUUGAAUACAAAGGAGAGGUACAGCAACACACAUCUCAGAAAGAUUACUCAAAGGGAUUCGGAGGAAAGUACGGUGUGGAGAAGGAAAAAGUGGACAAGUCAGCUUUGGGGUACGACUACAAAGGCCAGACAGAGAAGCACCAGUCACAAAAAGAUUAUGCUAAGGGCUUUGGAGGAAAGUACGGCGUGGAGAAGGAGAAGAUGGACAAAGCCGCUUUGGGGUACGACUACAAAGGAGAAACAGAGAAGCACCAGUCACAGAAAGAUUAUUCAAAAGGAUUUGGAGGGAAGUUUGGUGUUGAGAAGGAGAAAAUGGAUAAGGCUGCUUUGGGCUAUGAUUAUAAGAGCGAGACGGAGAAACAUCAGUCACAAAAAGAUUAUUCAGCAGGUUUUGGAGGUCGUUAUGGAGUUCAGGCUGACCGCAUGGAUAAGAGUGCAGCCGGCUUCUCAGACAUGGACUCCCCUUCCUCUGCGUAUGAAAAGACACAACCAUUAGAGGCCUCAAGCGCGGGCGCAGGGAAACUGAAGGCACGUUUUGAGAACAUGGCAAAGGCUUCAGGGGAACAAGACAAGAAGAAAGCAGAAGAAGAGAGAGCGAGGAGACAAGCCAGAGAGAGCAAAGAGCGCGAGGCUGCCAAACGCAGACAAGAGGAGGAGAGCAGAAGAGAGGAGGAAAUCCGUCCACCACCUGUUCCAGAUGUGGCUCCAGAGGUGGAGGAUGAAAUGCCUCCACCAGAUAUCCAACACCACAUGCCAGAGAUACAAGAAAUACCUGAACCAGAACCAAAGGAGGAAUCAGUGUACGAGGAGCCCCCGGAGCUGCCCCCGCGCUCAGAGGAUUCCAACUCCCUGGAGGCCCACCCACCCCCAGACAUGUUUGCAGAUGUGGAGGAGGAGGAGGAUGAGGGAGUGUACGAGGAACUCGCUGACCCGCCUCCUCCUGCACCCCCAGGUCUGUCUGCAGAUAUGGAGGAGGAUGAGGAGGAGGAUGAGGGAGAGUACGAGGAACUCGCUGAUCCGCCUCCUCCUGCACCCCCAGGUCUGUCUGCAGAUAUGGAGGAGGAUGAGGAGGAGGAUGAGGGAGAGUACGAGGAACUCGCUGAUCCGCCUCCUCCUGCGACCCCAGCCGAUGAUGACUAUGAAGACCUGUCGACUGGCCAGACGGCUGUAGCAAUUUACGACUACGAAGCAGAGGCUGGUGAUGAGAUCUCCUUCAACCCAGAUGAUAUCAUCACCAACAUCGAGAUGAUUGACGAGGGCUGGUGGAAGGGACAUUGUCGCGGGCGCGUUGGUCUCUUCCCCGCCGCGUAUGUUCAGCUGUCGCAGUGAGGAAAUGAUCAGGGAGGUUUUGAACAAGCUUAACUUAGUUAUGUUUCUAAGGAUGUGCAGCAAAGGGAAAUAUAAGUGUUUAUAGAAUAAAUCACACAAUAAUAAAUAAUAAGAUGGCUUCUGCUGAGACGAUUUCUUUAUUUUUAUUGUGUAAUAUCUACCUUCGGGUCAGUGUAAAUGAGUAUCUAACGGUGUGAUGAUAUUAGUGGUAAGAAGUUUCAUUUUCUUCAUGAGAUUAACUGAUUUAAAUCACUGGCAUAUAUUCUAAAGGCAACAUUCUUGUGUUGUUUAUAUGCCAACAGCUUGUCUUAGUUCAUUUUGAUUAUUGAAAAUGUUCAGUAAUGUCAGGGCUAUUAUCUUCUAGCUCAGGAAAAGUAAAAUAUUGUGAUCAUAUUGUCAUUAUUUUACAUAAUUCUGCUCUCCAAAUAAAUGUCCUAAAGCAAAGUGUUGAAAAAUGAAAGAAAAACCUUUAAUUAAAGUCUGUUUACAAGUG